AUGCACUCACGAGCUACGCUCGCUGCGCCUUCAAGCUCAGUAUACUAUACGCAUGCACACGUCCAGCAGAACUCUUCUAUGAUUUCCACUGCUCAUUUCCUCACAUCAUUAUCCUCGAGCAUCUUCAUGUUUGUGGGUAUUUUAUUUACCAAGAUGUUUUUUCCGCAGCCCGCAUCUAGCGCAUCUUCAUUUCUCACCUCACAUUCUGAUGCUCCUGAAAUCUCACCUCCUCAGCGCUGUUCAAUAUGUAAUGAAGACAUCGGUAUUACGAAUUGCGAUGGAAAAAUCGAAGCCGCGUAUAUACUUCCCUGUUCGCAUGUUUUUGGUUCCACUUGUAUAUUGCGCUGGUUGGAAACCGAUUCUCCGCAUCAGAAUUGUCCAGAAUGUCGACGGAAAAUGGUAUAUAAGGAGUGUGGACAUUUGAUACGGCCGUGCGAAGUCAGCAGUGCGCCGAAGAGUGUGAGAGAGGCGGAUAUGCCGAAAAUGUGUUUGGGAUGUAGAGGGCUGGAGGGAGAAUUGAAGAGUGAAGUGGAGACGUUGCUGAAACGAGCUGAGGUGGAGCAAAGAGCGUUAACUGCGAUGAAGAUGCAUUUUCCGGGGGUUUGGGGGGAGAUGUGUAGGGAGACCGUGCGAACUGUGGGGAAGAGGGUGGAAGAGUCGAGGGAAGUGUUGAGGAGGGAUAUUGAGGAGCUGUGUCGGAAAUAUGAGAGUAGUGGGAAGAGGGAGCAAUGGUAA